GCUGAGUCAUCACUAGAGAGUGGGAAGGGCAGCAGCAGCAGAGAAUCCAAACCCUAAAGCUGAUAUCACAAAGUACCAUUUCUCCAAGUUGGGGGCUCAGAGGGGAGCCAUCAUGAGUGAUGUUACCAUUGUGAAAGAAGGUUGGGUUCAGAAGAGGGGAGAAUAUAUAAAAAACUGGAGGCCAAGAUAUUUCCUUUUGAAGACAGAUGGCUCAUUCAUAGGAUAUAAAGAGAAACCUCAAGAUGUGGAUUUACCUUAUCCCCUCAACAACUUUUCAGUGGCAAAAUGCCAGUUAAUGAAAACAGAACGACCAAAGCCAAACACAUUUAUAAUCAGAUGUCUGCAGUGGACCACUGUUAUAGAGAGAACAUUUCAUGUAGAUACUCCAGAGGAAAGGGAAGAAUGGACAGAAGCUAUCCAGGCUGUAGCAGACAGACUGCAGAGACAAGAAGAAGAGAGAAUGAAUUGUAGUCCAACUUCACAAAUCGACAAUAUAGGGGAGGAAGAGAUGGAUGCUUCUACAACCCAUCAUAAAAGAAAGACAAUGAACGAUUUUGACUAUUUGAAACUACUAGGUAAAGGCACUUUUGGGAAAGUUAUUUUGGUUCGAGAGAAAGCAAGCGGGAAAUAUUAUGCUAUGAAGAUUCUGAAGAAAGAAGUCAUUAUUGCAAAGGAUGAAGUGGCACACACUCUAACUGAAAGCAGAGUGUUAAAGAACACUAGACAUCCCUUUUUGACAUCCUUGAAAUAUUCCUUCCAGACAAAAGACCGUUUGUGUUUUGUGAUGGAAUAUGUUAAUGGGGGAGAGCUGUUUUUCCAUUUGUCGAGAGAGCGGGUGUUCUCUGAGGACCGUACACGUUUCUAUGGUGCAGAAAUUGUCUCUGCCUUGGACUAUCUACAUUCCGGAAAGAUUGUGUACCGUGAUCUCAAGUUGGAGAAUUUGAUGCUGGAUAAAGAUGGCCACAUAAAAAUUACAGAUUUUGGACUUUGCAAAGAAGGGAUCACAGAUGCAGCCACCAUGAAGACAUUCUGUGGUACACCGGAAUAUCUUGCACCAGAGGUGUUAGAAGAUAACGACUAUGGCCGAGCGGUGGACUGGUGGGGCCUAGGGGUUGUCAUGUAUGAAAUGAUGUGUGGGAGGUUACCUUUCUACAACCAGGAUCACGAGAAACUUUUUGAACUAAUACUAAUGGAAGACAUUAAAUUUCCUCGAACACUCUCUUCAGAUGCAAAAUCAUUGCUUUCAGGGCUCUUGAUCAAGGAUCCAAAUAAACGCCUUGGUGGAGGACCAGAUGAUGCAAAAGAAAUUAUGAGACACAGUUUCUUUUCUGGAGUAAACUGGCAAGAUGUAUAUGAUAAAAAGCUUGUACCUCCUUUUAAGCCUCAAGUAACAUCUGAAACAGAUACCAGGUAUUUUGAUGAAGAAUUUACAGCUCAGACUAUUACAAUAACACCACCUGAAAAAUAUGAUGAGGAUGGUAUGGACUGCAUGGACAAUGAGAGGCGGCCGCAUUUCCCUCAAUUUUCCUACUCUGCAAGUGGACGAGAAUAAGUCUCUUUCAUUCUGCUACUUCACUGUCAUCUUAGAUUUGUUACUGAAAAUGAUUCCUGGACAUCACCACCAGUCCUAGCUCUUACAGGUAGCAGGGGCACCUUCCGACAUCCCAGACCAGCCAAGGGUCUUCACUCCUCACCACCUUUCACCCACAUGAAAACACACAUAUACGCAAACACACUCCGAUUUUUGUUUUUGCAUGAAAUUGUAUCUCAGUCUAAGGUCUCAUGCUGUUGCUGCUACUGUCUUACUAUUAUAGCAACUUUAAGAAGUAAUUUUACAAUCUUUGGAAGUCAUGAGCCCACCAUUGUUCAUUUGUGCACCAAUAGUCAUCUUUUGAUCUUUUAGUUUUUGUUUUUCCCUAACAGUGAAGGCUAAAUGAGAUACACUGAUUCUAGGUACAUUUUUUAACUUUCUAGAAGAUAAAUCAAAAACUAAUUAGACUAAGAAGAUUUAGUUUAUAAUUCAGAACAAGCAAUUGUGGAAGGGUGGUGAUGUGCAUAUGCAAAGCUUUAGUAAAGCCUAUCAGAUCAAGUCUUAAAGUAGGCAUAUAUCACUAAGAUUUGGCUGGAAUUUAUUAGGAAGCAUUUGAGAGAAGGACUGAACAACUGUUGAGAUACACAUAUAUUUUAAAUUCCUGGUGGAUACUGCGGAGGAGGCCUGGUAUCACACGUGGACGUCAAGACUUCACGGGCAAUUGUGGGCAAACGAACACUGUUCUGCCAAGACGUGAAGGCGUAUGCGCAGUCUGCGUCACUUAGAGAGUCUUAUGAUACAGUUUGCGCCAGAGAGCAUUUUUCCCCUGUGCUUGGAAACCUUUUUCCUUCUUGAUAUUUAUCACCUCUGAUGGCUGAAGAAUGUAGACAGGUAUAAUGAUCCUGCUUUUCACCAAAAUUCGUACACCAAGGUAAACAGGUGUUUGCCUUAUUUGUUUUAAUUUUUUACUUUCAGUUCUAUGUGAAUUAGCUUUUAAAACUCAGAUGUUAAAACUUUGAAUGUCCUUUUACGAUUUUGUUUAUAUUGCAGUAGUAUUUAUUUUUUAGUGAUGAGAAUUAUAUGUCAUGUUAGCAAAUGCAGCUCCAACUUACAUAAAAUAGACUUACUGCAGUUUCUUUUGACCCAUGUGCAAGGAAUGUACACGCUGAUGAGAAUCAUGCACUUUUUCUCCUAUGUAAAAAAAAAAAAAAUUGAUAAGGCUCUGAAAUGGUAUAUGUGUUAGAAUUUGGCUUUGGGAGAAGAGAUGCUAUCAUUCAACCCCUUGGUGCUAAAAAUGAGAAAAUCCCCAACUACUCAGGCCAAGGGGUUAAAUGAAACCAAUUGAAGUUGAGCAAAACUGAUGUUUGCUCAUUUGAGAAUUGAAACGUUGUGACAGCCUGGCAACAUAAUGUAAUGAAGAAAAUUGAAACCUGAAUGAUGGUAAGAAAUGAACUUUACUUGGCAAAAUGAACACAUCUUGAGUAUUUAGAAAGUAGGCAGUAAAGGUUAAGAACCUGGUGUGUUUAUUGUGAUCAUGGUACAUUUAUCACUGAAUUAAGCCAUCAGGGAAAAAAAAACAAAAAGAAAACACCUCCAGCUUUUCUUUUUCUGUAUAUACUCAUGUCCCCAAAUUCCAACAUUUCUCACUGAAAGGGGACAUGUAUGCAAACCUCAUCUUUCUCCUUCAUUAAUGAUGAUCUUCAGAUUAAACCCUUUGGUGCUAGGAGCUGACAUUUUCCAAAGCAGUCUAUGAAGUCCAAGGGGCUGGGGGCCAUUCUUACGGCAAACAGAAGGCCUUCCCACUCCGUGGAGUGAUCAUGGAAAUGUAUUUUAGUUAAACUAUCUGACAGCUCCCAAAUGGAAGACUACAGCAUGACGUAGUAUUAUGAUUGCAUUGUAUGAAAGAGCAAGUGACUUUCUACGUAGGAUGAAUCACAUUCAUAUGCAGAUGUCUUAGCCUCUUGACGCUGGAAGUGUGGAUCUCUAGCUAUGAAACCACUGCUGGCGGUGGGCAGGCCACUAGGACUGACGGGGGUUAAAGGGCAUUUUACUAAGGCAGCUAAGACAUAUUUAGACGUAGAUUUUAUCCUAAUUUUUCAUAUUUCUACCUGAGUGAAGUUCAUCCUUAGUACCGAAUAGGAAGUUACAGUUAAAUGGUAGUUCAUUCUGACUUACACACAUAGCUUACCUUUUUUUUUUCACUUGGAAUUAUGUUGAACGUUUCACUUUGACAAGAAAGUAGACUAGAAGGUAUGUCUUUUAAGUUGUCUUGCAUCCAUUAUGUGAGAAACUGGCGAGAGGAAGAGAAGAAAGCUGAGACUGGCUGAAGUUCAGAGCACUUACUCCUUCAGAGGGAGAGCAUGACACCGAACACUAAGCACAUAGCUUUUUGUCGUUUUGGUUUUUCCCCCAAAUCUUAAGGUGAUUUCCAUGACCUUGGCCAAGGACACUUCCUGAAGAUUAAUGACCAGCACUGAUAGUGCCCCAGGCUGGCCACUCCUCACAGCUGGCGCUCAGCCCCUAGCCAUGCCCGGGGCUCGGUCACCUCUCCCCUCUGGGACACAGUUGGUAUCACACAAGGUGUUUUCUUGGCUUCGAUUUUGAGAAUCCCUUUCUUUCACUCCCAGAUCUGUCAGCUAACAUGGAGGAACAAUAGAAAAACAGAAGUGUGCAGAGAAGGAGAUUUCUGAAACUUCCCUUGUGUUGCCCAUAGCUGUAGUUUUGGGUUCUGGCAGGUGGAACGGCCUGAAACCUGGAAUCAUUCUGUGAGAAUGCAGUUCAGACUUUGUGGACUCCAGCUGGUACUGUCAUGAAGUUUGAACUCUUGUCAUAAUGCAGCCAUCUUGGAGGAAAUUGGCUAUUUCCGCUUGGAUUGUUGGCAGGGUCGCUCUCAGCUUUGCUUUCUACACUAAUUCUGUAGCAUUAUUCCAGUAUUGUUUUCCAUUUCCCAUACCUGAUUUCCGGCUUCUUAAAGCUGACUGUUCUUGCAGGGGCCACUUGCUUCUCCUAGAGUACAAAAGUAAGGGCCUUCCUUACUAACUGCAGGGUCUAUAUAUUACACCUCAAUGUACACACUUUGCUGCUACUGUUUGUACUGUCUACAGUAGAAUUUCCUAAUCUUGCUCCUGGUAGUGCAUUACAGGCAAGCAUGAAAUGUAAAGUAUUUAUUUAAAUAAAAAGAAAACCUCUAAAUUGGUAAUUGAAUUACCUCCCUGUAGCUUUAUAGUUUGUGACAUUUCUUGACCUUGCUAGUUCUUUCAUUAGAUCCAUGCAAGAUCUAGUCAUCUGGUUAAGGAUUUUAAGCAGAUGCAAAUAUGAACCCAAGAAACUGUAUUACUAUUACUGUUGGUCAUACUAAAACUGUUUAUUUCCUUAAGUAUAUGACCCACAAGGAUGUGAAAUAACUACAAGAAACUGUUUUUGUACACUGUACAUCCUUAGUAUUUUUACACGUAUAUGAUAGGGAUGCACAUUAUUUUCCUUCGUACAGACAGCUUAAAUAAAGCACUAUGUCAAUCUGCUACUUCUCUGUUUGUUGUUGUUGGAUGUGGUUCUGUCAUCUCAGAAAAUUACUCUUUUCUGAAAAAAAAAAACUUUUAAUAGCCCCACCUGGCAUUAAUCUACCCUGUAUAAAAUGUGAUAGGAAAAUCUGUAAACUCCUUAUAGCUCAAAACACACAUGGGAUUAUUUUUACGUCAAUAAAAUGGAAACAGUGCAGUUGUACAAACUCUGACGAAAGGCUACUUCCAAAGGGGAGACGCUCACCUCUCAGCAGUGGGUUUAGGACAGAUCUACUGUGAAGCCAGGGACGGAGUAGGUCUUAGACCUUGGAGAUUGUUCAGAUCUAAUAAUCUUUACAACAAAUGGUUUGGACCCAGAAUUCCUUAAGGAGUGUAGGUCAUCAUCAAUGUCUUCCUGAUAAUGUACUGCUCUGCAUACUUCCUUUCCUAGAGUGUAUUUUUAACACUUCAUGGUAAAUUAACAAACUUAGACAUAGGUAAUAGAGAGUAGGAUGGCUGGACUGCAAUCUGAUUUAUGUUGAAUCAUUUUGGAUGGGGCCUUUUUCUGAUUUUACCUCAUACAGCUACUAUUGUAGAAACUUGGCUUUGCUCCUAUGACUAAGCCAGCUAGAGGAAUGGCUUUUGGGACCAGAGUUAGUCAAGCAUGUACAUGUAUGUCACACAGCCAGAUCUGAGGGCAUUCUUACAUGUGCUCUUCUCUCAAAACCACUGGGCUUGACAGAUCCAGGAGGCUAAAAUAAAGUGACCUCUAUAAUUCUUUAAAGGUGCUAUUUUUAGAAUAUUGUAUAAUUUAUUCACAGUAUACCUAAAACAGAAUUAAGGACAAGUAAAAUCUUAUGUGACAGCCUUUAUGUCUAGCACAUUUGACGAAAUCAAAACCUUCUGAAUCUGAGUAGAAGUUCUACUAUUUCAGGCUUGAACCUUUUACAUGCUCAAGAGACUUGAGUGGUCUCUGUGUGUGUAUCAUGUCGCCGCCUCCAAAGCCUAUUCCACAUGGAUUCUGAGAGGCAAGGCUGGAAUAUGGUGACCUUCGAUCUGUGUUGACAUGAUCAUGGCCAGGAUCACUGGCCAGGAGAAUAGCCUAAGGUCAGGGACUUGUCCAGCUGCAGCCUUGCCUUCAGUGGUUCGUUGUCAUUCUCAAAUACAACACAAAACUUUCAGUGUCCAUUUUUAUUACUUUAAAGCAUUUGAGGGCUUAACUGUGUAUAGUAGAAAUACUAUUUUAGACUAAAAUAAUGAUCUGUGUAUAGGUAUUUAAUAUACUCUAAGUAAAUUUUCUAAUUUCACUAAGUAUGUUUUUAGGCUCCUCUCAAAUACUGCAUACUGAAGAAAAAAUCUGACACCACCAAGCCAAAGAUGCUUUUUUGUCUGUUUUUGUUGUUAACAGAAUGGAAAGAAUAAUGCGUAGUGCUUCCUGGUGUCUCCUGAUUGUACACAAAUUGGUAAGAUGCUAAAUAACAAUGGAGUCUUAUGGGAUGUUGAUUAAAGGCAAAUAAAGCUGAAAGAUGCUACCUAGCUCAGAAAAGAGAAAGAAAAAUGAAUGGCAGGGAAAAAUUUCCUCUUUAAUACACUUUGGCCUAGUUAAAAUAUGUGCCUUUUCAGUGUGUUUUGUUCAUCACUACAAGGUAUCAAGGAAACAUUACAAUUCAAGUCUUUAAAAACUUCAUUUAUUGAAAUUCAUAUGUACCACCUAGCAUACAAAUGAGCAGAUUUAAAAACAUAGUAACUUCAAGCCAUUUCUGAAAACAUACACCAGGAGCUCUCCUCAUCUAGUGUCAGACUUCAGCUCCAGCCCGUCCUUGGUGCCGGGACGACGCAUGUGGAGAUGAGGAACAGCCCCACUGCAGUCUGAGGUGGUGUCACCCUGGGAAGGUCGCGGUGCAUUGUGGCAUAUCAAGUAUAAAUCAGAUGAAUGUAAAUAUCUCUUUGUAAAUCAUUUAUUUCACUCUGUUCCAUCCAGGUCAGCAAUCAGAUUGUGGCAUGCUGGGUAACUGGAAAAAAUGAUAAUAAAAAAGUAAGUUUAAAUAGAUCAUGUUCUUC